GCAUGCUCAGUCGCCCAAACAGAUUUGGGUUUGCAAAAAAAAAAAAAAAAAAACUGGGGCGAGGAGAGUCGGCAGUUUGGGACGUUUGCCCACGCCCUAACUAAAUGUUCCAAUUCUGGGUUUUUGAUGGUAUUGGAGACGGGAGCCUUAAGGCCUGCCUGGAGGACUUGAACCAAUGAAAGACGCCUAUGGCACUUUUGAAGAUAGAGGUCGCCCCUCUUCUUUUAAUUGGAACUUCUGCGUAGGACCGCAUGUGACUUCGUCUGUGACUUGUUCUUCCAAUAGCCAUUGACUUUGAGUUGCAGAAAGGUCUCUGAAGAUCCAUAUCAAAUGACGUCAAUGGCCAGCUUGUUUUCGUUUACUAGUCCAGCAGUGAAGCGAUUGUUGGGCUGGAAGCAAGGUGAUGAGGAGGAGAAAUGGGCAGAAAAGGCGGUUGAUGCUCUGGUGAAAAAGCUAAAAAAGAAAAAGGGCGCCAUGGAGGAACUGGAGAAGGCCUUAAGUAGCCCAGGACAGCCGAGCAAAUGCGUCACUAUCCCCAGGUCUCUGGAUGGACGCCUGCAGGUCUCUCACAGGAAAGGCCUGCCCCAUGUCAUCUACUGUCGGGUCUGGCGCUGGCCCGAUCUGCAGAGCCACCACGAGCUAAAGCCAUUGGAUAUCUGUGAAUUUCCUUUUGGAUCCAAGCAGAAAGAAGUUUGUAUCAACCCGUACCACUAUAAGAGAGUGGAGAGUCCAGUUUUACCUCCAGUGUUAGUGCCUCGUCAUAAUGAAUUCAACCCACAACACAGCCUUCUGGUUCAGUUUAGAAACCUGAGCCACAAUGAACCGCAUAUGCCACAAAACGCCACGUUUCCAGAUUCUUUUCACCAGCCCAACAACACUCCAUUCCCCUUGUCUCCAAACAGCCCCUAUCCACCUUCCCCCGCCAGCAGCACCUACCCCAACUCCCCAGCAAGUUCUGGACCCGGAAGUCCAUUUCAGCUCCCAGCUGAUACUCCUCCUCCUGCCUAUAUGCCACCAGAUGAUCAAAUGGGUCAAGAUAACUCCCAGCCCAUGGAUACCAGCAAUAAUAUGAUUCCUCAGAUUAUGCCCAGUAUCUCUAGCAGAGACGUUCAGCCAGUUGCCUAUGAGGAGCCCAAACAUUGGUGUUCAAUUGUCUACUAUGAAUUAAACAAUCGUGUCGGGGAAGCUUUUCAUGCCUCUUCUACAAGUGUGUUAGUAGAUGGAUUCACAGAUCCCUCAAAUAACAAAAGUAGAUUCUGCUUGGGUUUGUUGUCAAAUGUUAACCGGAAUUCAACAAUCGAAAACACUAGGCGGCAUAUUGGAAAAGGUGUUCACUUGUACUAUGUCGGUGGAGAGGUCUAUGCUGAGUGCCUCAGUGAUAGCAGCAUAUUUGUACAGAGCAGGAACUGCAACUUCCAUCACGGCUUUCACCCCACCACUGUCUGCAAGAUUCCAAGCAGCUGCAGCCUCAAAAUUUUCAACAAUCAAGAGUUUGCUCAGCUUCUGGCUCAGUCUGUCAACCAUGGGUUUGAGGCAGUAUAUGAGCUCACCAAAAUGUGUACCAUUCGGAUGAGCUUUGUCAAGGGCUGGGGAGCGGAAUACCACCGUCAGGAUGUUACUAGCACCCCGUGUUGGAUUGAGAUUCAUCUUCAUGGCCCUCUUCAGUGGCUGGAUAAAGUCCUCACUCAGAUGGGCUCCCCUCUGAACCCCAUAUCUUCUGUGUCAUAGUGCAGAAGUGUUCUUUUCAAUUACAUUAUUAGUGGACUUGUUUUAAUUUUAGGGAAACGUUCAGUACAGAUACUGUGAGCAUAUUUGGAAAACAGAUAUUACAGCUUAUUUUUUUUCUACACAAUUGUGACCAAUACAUUUGUAUUUUGUGAUGAAUCUACAUUUAUUUGUAUUUGUGUUCGUGUGAUUAACUCUCAAAAGUGUUGUGAAAAUACAGAGUAGGUAUUGUGCCCCAGUUCAGAAGUUUGACAUCAGUUUUAAACUGGAACAUACUUUUGCCCUGUUGUCCCCAGCAGUUCUUUGUUGUUGCUGAUUUUUUUGUAAAGUAAGCAUCAUAUGAUGAAAAAUUCUAAUUGUGUAACAAGAUAUUCAGUGGAAAGUCGUACCUUCUAUUCUUGACCUUUUAGAGUCUGUACUUAAACCAGUUUCUUUGUCCCACCAACUUAAAAGAAGUAUAAUUCAUUAUUUUGUGAAAGUAUGUAGUAGGGGCUUAAGAGAAACUAUAAAACUCUAUUUGAAGGAACACUAUGCACUGCUCUAACAAGUAGUGUUCAGUAAAAGCAAAAUCAUAAAAUCUACAUUUAAUACAGUUAAAUGUUUGUCAGUGUAUUGUGACUUCACUCAUCUUUUGUAAAACAUUUCCUUUGUCCUUAAAAAAAAGUAAUAAUUGCAAACAAAUCUCCAGUAGAUGACAUUUACUCAGAAUCUCUCAGAUGUACUACUACUUUAUAGCUAGUGACAGUGCAUGCACCGCCUUUUUUGUUUUUUGGUGUUUUUUAAAUUUUUUUGGCUAUGUUUGCUACUUACGGCUAACAUUGCAAGAACUCUAAUUUUGACAUGCAUUACUCUUUAAUUUUGCACUUUGAUAGAUGACAGUUUUUAGUAUAAUCUUUUUUGAAACACACUCAAACGACUUGGACUUAGAUGCUUAUCUUUAUUUUCUUGGGUACCUUUUAUAUUAAGAAACACUGUAAUCUAUAGCUAACUUGUAGAAAGUUACUCUUUUUCUAACUUUUGUUUUAUUUCAACCUUGUUUAUAAGACUGUUAUUCUACUGCUUCCAUUUAGGGUGCCUUUUAAAUUCCCUACCAUUUUAUGAAUGUUACUAAUGUUGGAAAAUCGUUAAUUAAACCCGCUGCUCAUACCUCGUAUUGGUUAUAAACUGUAGGAGACUCUCCAAUCUGGUCUGGUCAUGGGACUGAGGCAAAUGACGUGAUACUUGGCAACUACCAGCAGUGGUGUUUGGAACAGAUGAUUUUAAAAUAAGUUCACAUAUCUAAGAGGGCGGACCACUCUCUUGGUUACCAGGCAUGCUCUCAUUUUUUUCUGUAGCAUCUGUGUGAAUGCUUUUCUCUCAGAACAUCCUUACAGGGAGAAACACGAAAACUCUAAAAUACCCAUUUAAUCACUGGUGGUUAAAGGCUUUAUUUGAAAACUUUAACCCCCUUUUCUGGGAGCAGUCAGACACUUUGGACAUGAAAACAAAGAAAUGACUUCAGGAAAAACAAACAAACCUGAUUUGACUAUCAGAAGCUUAUUUUCUCGUGUCUCUUGAAAGUACAUAACAUGUUCUGUUUAGGUGUUGUUUGAUUUGACUUUCUAUUUUGCCCUUUCUGCCUUAUGAGGAAUAAUGUGCUUUCUAUUUUUUUGAGGAAAGAAGAAUACUGCCCUUUUAUUUCCUGUGAUGUUAUUUAUUGCUUUUACAAAGUGCAGCCAAUGGAUGGUUUUAGUUCUUUCAGAUGAAGUGCCAUAUAUGUUUCAACUUACAGUUAAUAACUGGGUAAAAGGACACACUCUGACAGGCAUCUAAGCCUUAAGAUUUAUGUGAAUGCAUUUUCAUACUUCCAGAAUUGUCAGCCACAGAAAGAUUAUUUGCUUAGUGGUAGACUUGAUCGAUUUUUAUCAUCCUUUUUACCUUAUAGGCUCAUGACUUCAAUGGGCUUGAAUGGGUGGAAACUAGUGUUUCAUUGAUGCUUUCAAAUGACUUCAUUAAAAAUUACUUUCAUUUGGGCCAAGAUUCUGUCAAGGCCUUGGGAGUUGAUCAGGGUUUCACUUGCAGGGCCUUCUCUGUGUUUUCUCUGAAAAGUUUGAUCUCACUGAAUGACAGUACUAAAACUGUUAGCUGUAAAAGAGUUUCGUGGAGAAGUAUGAACCUGUUAUAUUUCUUAGAUGUUACUAACGCCAACCUCUUGAGCUUCAAACAAAAACUUUAAUUAGUCAAGUUGUUUUCAUAAUUUCUAAGGAUGCCCAAUAUUCAUGGAGAGGAAAUCAAAAUUGCUAACAGGUUUUUUUCCAAAAAUACAAAAAAGUACUUCUGAAAGAAAUAAUUUCAGAAAAAUUUGUUUUGUGUUUUUAUCUAGUAUCUAUCAUGGUCUAUAGUUCAUAAAUCAAAUUUAUGAAAAUGCUACUAACAUAAUCACAUUUAAUAGUACAUAUUAAUAUGUACCACCUAAAAAGGCAGAGUUUGGGAGUAAUGAAAUUGUAACCAGUUUGGGAAGUGCAGAAAGAGGAAUCAUUUUCAGUAAUGAAUUAAAGCUAUAAAAAGAUGUCAAGUGUAGAAAAAUGGAAUUUACAUAAAUGGAAUUUAUGUAAUAGAGUAUUGUGCUAUGGUUGAUAUUGUCUGGCUGAGGAAUGUAAAUUAGUAGGCAUGCUAUUGAUGUACCUACCCUAACAUUUUUUUUCUUCAGAGAAAUUUCAAGGAAGGCAUCAAUUCAAGAGGCCAGAUACUAUUCAUGAUGAUUUAAAUCAUUUUUCACAUUUAUUGUUGAUAUCUGAAGAAAUUGUGGUCAUUGAAUGGGUUUCUAAGAUGAACUUCACAGUGAGAUUUCUAGAUAGUUCAAUAAGCUUCAGGUAGUGCCGGGAAGAUGUAGCUGUUUUAUACUUGCUAUAACAUUCGAGAGUAAAAUAAUCUCUUAGGAUGUAAAAUGAUCUUUGCGCAUUCAGAUCCAUUUUCAAGAAAACUGGGACCCAUAUUACAAAAUAUUUGGCAUUAACCCAAGGGCCACUGUCCUCCCAUUGUUCAUCGAUUUGCUCGAGCAGGCCCAGUAACGUCGAUUUGCUCAAGCAGGCCCAGUAACAUCUCCAUUUUGAGACUAGUUGUUACUGUGUUUGGCAUAUCGAAUAUGGGUAGCUUGCAAGGAUUUGCUGUGCGGGUGGGAUACUCUUGGUAGCUUGCCAGGCUCACCCAGGGUACCACUGAGAAACUCCUUUGUAACAGUGUUGUUAUGUUGAUGAGAAAGUUUAUGCCAAAAAUUGAAACCCUGACAGUAAAAGAGAAACUCUGUGAUACAAAGUACCUCUUAAAGUGCUAAACCUACUAGAGAGAAGUCUAAUUUGUAGAGCCAUUUCUCCCGACUUUUCCUAGUUUUUUGCUUAAUACUACUUUGUAUCGCUGUCAUUUUUCCAUCUUUGAUAUAUUCCUUUCUACUUCCUGGGGGAGGAAGGAUCUUUUGAUAACUGUUGAAUGCAGCUUCCAGUGGUGACUUUACAUUUUGGGUUAAUUUUGUCUGACUAGUAAACUUGUCUAAUCCCUCUCUCAUCCUCAUUUUACAUAUCAGGUAGGUAAUCGAGGGUCUUUCAAGGCAGUAGUAGCCUGGUGGUUUUAGCAGUGUUUGGAGGGGAAUUUUCCGAAGUAUUGGUUUAUGGGUGAUCCCCUCGGAUGUUAACUGGGGCAGCUUUUUUAUUGGGGUUGGGAUGAAUCACAGGUUUGAUGCUGGCUCUUCCCCACAGCAUGAGCAUUUCCCUCAUUUAUACGUGUGGGAGUCUGGGGAGGUUUUCUCACAGAUAUGCAAGUAUAGAGAGUGAGUAUUCAAAAGAUUACUUUUGUAGAAUCACUUCUACCUGCUGGGCAGAAAGUUGGACAGUUGUUUGAAAUUCACUGGAUUGCUGUUUAGUGUCUCCCAAGUAACAGUAUUUAUCAAGUCUGUGUUAGAUUAUUCAUAAUAUAAACUUAACUUUCUAAAGUACAACUAUAUUAUAACUGACAUGUUACCCUAAAAUGGGGCUGCUUUACAAAAACCAGUGAGAAAGCAUGUAUUCGUUUUUUUUUUUUUAUUAAAGAGCUUAUGCUACAGUAUUUGUUGGCAAAAAUUGCAAUCAGACAAGUCAGAUUGUUUUUUGAAAAGAUCCAGCUUGGGAGCAGGUUUACUCUGCUACUCAUAGCAGAAUGGAAUUGUGUGGUUCUUUUCCGAAUAAUUCAGUUCUUAAAAUUCUUAAAAUAAUCAGAAACGGUUAUCUUUUAACGACUUAUAUGAACAUGCUGGUGUGUGUGAGUGUGUGUGUGUGUGUGUGUGUGUGUGUGUGCGCGCAUGCGCGCACAUGCACUUAAAGU